GAAAUGUAUAAAGAUACAAGUCAUCAAGAAGUUUUUAAAAAAAGAAUAAAAGCCAUUCAAUUACUAUUUCUCUUAUUGCCACCACAAAAUAAAAGUUUAUUAAAUGAUUUGCUGAUGUUGCUUUAUCGUGUAAAUCAAGCUAGUGAAGAUAACUGCAUGGAUGCUUCUAAUCUGGCAAUGAUCUUUGGACCUCAUAUUUUGUAUCCAAAAAUGACAUCUCCUGAAACCAUGCAAGAAAAAUUAAAUUAUGUAAUUUUGGCUGUGACAUUUAUGAUUGAAAAUGCUCCAGAAUUAUUUUGUCAUCCACCUGAACUAAUAAAGGAUGCUCAGUUGUAUCUUUCAAAUAAUGAUACAAAAUUACCACAGGUAAGACAAUUUUUAGGAAAUUAA